CACAUUUUCCAUUCAGCAGCUCCGAUGGUAGCGCCAUUCAGCAGUUACGCCUCGCACCGCGCGGUUGUUCGCUCGCGAUCGUUCUUUCGAGGAAGGUUCUCGGAAAUCUGUUUUCGAAUCGUUGUGCCGUGUGAUAAUAUUGAAGUGCGCGAAACAAUACGCUCCCGUAUCCGCUAGGUGCUAGGUGCUUUUGUGUGAUAACACGUGUUUUACAAAACAACCCAAAUUGAUAAUCUACAAACAAACCGGGUUUAUCUGACGGGAUAUGGUGGAAAAGUGAAAAGCCCCUCCGACCCGACCGGGGUGCCUGUGUUUUUUUCGGUUUCGGUUUUUGCGUUGCUGAAAGCCCCCAGUGCCGGCUACGUGAAGUUUUUCGAGGAAAUUCUUUAGAAUAGCAACCAACUUCGGUUGUCGUCGGGUUUUCGAAGCAACCAUCAUCAUCCACCAUCGCCGAUAGGUUUCGAUCGGCAUAAAAAAAAGGCGAUAGCAACAACACGCGGUCGCGGUUCGAUCGCGAAUUAGUGCCGCGGGAUUAUUAGUGCCUGAUAAGCGUUUCGGCGAAGGACAACUGCAGCACCAGCAACUGCAGGUUUGGUGACCUGGACGACGAGCCUCUCAAGCGCUUCCACAAUACUAAUCGGCAGUGAAAUCGACUACAUGUUGGCGACGACCGCCAGCAGUGACAUGGCGCCGCCGGACGGCCCGAUGCAGUACGAACCGAAAUGGUCACCGAUGAACAUCAUCCCGAUGCCGACCAAGAUCAAGCAGGAAAACUUUUCCGGAUUGAACCAUCUAGAUCUCUAUCAUCCACUGGCCGUGCCGUUGCCGACUUACGAUCAGGUGAAGGCAUCAUCGCCCUCUUCGAUGCACCAGCAACACCACCUCCAUCAGCUACCGACCGUGAUCGAGCGGCUGCAUGAGGAUACGGGUAGCCCGCCGGACCAUCAGCAGCAACAGCAACAGCAGCAGCAUCAUCAUUCACAUCCUCAACAACAACAGCAUCAACACCAGCAACACCAGCAACAACCGCAGUCCCAUCAUCACCACAACAUUGGCACACUGGCAGUCUCCUCUAAACCGACGACAGUGGACGAGCUGUCCAGUAGUAACAGCAUUUUGUCUGAUAGUUUGCAUGGUUCUCUCGCUGCUUCCGGAAAUACUGGCAGCUCCACCAGCUCCAUCAACGGUGGAAACAACCUAAGCAGCAGCAACACUAACAACAACAACAACAACAACAACAUUCAGACUCCCAAUCAGAAUCAAAGCAACGGUGCUGGUAGCACUAGCAGCAGCAAUAGCAACAGCAGCAAUCCUGGGAACCCAUCGACUACCAACGAAGCUACAGGAUCGACUGGUAAUGGGACCACGAAUACUAGCAACAGCCUUUCCACGUACGAUUGCAGCUCUACGACGAGUCCGACCGGUAGCAGGAGUAGUUCGACCGCCAAACCACCGUACAGUUAUGUGGCUCUGAUAACGAUGGCGAUACAGAGCUCGCAAAUGAAGCGGGCGACUUUGAGCGAGAUCUACGCUUACAUCACCUCGCGGUUUCCGUACUACGAGAAGAACAAGAAGGGCUGGCAGAACUCGAUCCGCCACAAUCUCAGCCUCAACGAGUGCUUCGUAAAGAUACCGCGCGAAGGUGGCGGUGAGCGCAAGGGUAACUACUGGACGCUCGACCCGCAGCACGAGGACAUGUUCGAGAACGGCAACUACAAGCGUCGUCGGCGUAUGAAGCGCCCGUACCGUACCGGACACUACUCGAAGAUGUUCGGUGACUCGUACGUGACCAAUCCGGGCAGCUUCGGUCAUCGGCCCGUCUUCGCUCAAAGCCCUUAUCAGACGUAUCCACGCUACGACACCGGCGCACCCUGGAUGACGACGUCACAGCUGAGCGGUUACACGUCCUGCUCGAGCCGUUCCAACUACUCCUACUCAGCACCGCUUCAGCAACCGGUGACAAUCAACACCUACGGUUCGCUGUCGAACAAUUUAGAUACGUUCACCGUGUCCGGCAGCACCACACCUCCCUGCGCUCGUCGAUUUGAGCCACACUACACCUACUGGGACACACCUUCCUUGCCGAUCACGGUGGUCAAGGAUGAGCCAACGAAUCAGAUGAACGUUAGCUCGUCGCAGCAGAACUACCAGAAAACGUACCUUCCCCAAACCUAACAUCUAAUGAGGGAGGACGGCUUCCGUGGUGAUCAUCAUCAUCAUCCAAUCCAUGGUUCCGGUCAACCGACAUCCCCUAAUGGAGCAACAACAACUUCCCUCGAUGUGGUCAGUCGUGGUGGAUCGGCGGAAGUCUUGGUUCGUUCUAAUCUUUGGCCGUUUACCACCACUUACCGACGGCGGUUGCUGCUGGAAGAGUGUUUGGAGAGCUACUAAAAGUGUAUUGUUGCUGUGUUUUCCGAUCAUAUCUUUCUUUUUUCUGUUUUUUUUUAAUUUCGUGUAAAUCAUUAACCCUAUAGAAAAUGUUAAUAGGAGAGCUAUUAAGAACUAUAACAAUCGAUCGUAUCCCACCGGGAUGGGACGUUUUGUUAAAGGAACAUUAACAUUACGGUUGUUGCUCCUAACAGAAUACUGAUAUGAUUGAUGAUAUGAAUUCUGAGAAGCUCUAGCUAGGUAGAGAACCAAAGUUCCGUUUUAUCUAAUUAGAGUAUUUUAAUUUAUUAUGUAAAGGUUUUAAAGAUAAUCCGUUCCAUAGCUGUUCUUGAUUCUUAUAAAUAUGGCAGAACAACGUUUAUUAAUCAACUAUUAUCUCUAGAUUAGGAUAUCCAAUCGAACAGAGGUAGGGUGUAUAGAAGACAGGGGAGACCUUGUCGCAGCGAUUGAACGAAAUCGAUUCUCCGUCCCAAAAAUUGAAAAAAGAAAUGUGCUUAGAAAGCUUAAAAAGUGCGAUGAUGAUCAACAUUAACUGGAAUCUUGUGAACACAAUAGCAGCGUGGCUAUGCUGUAACCGGCAUCGCAGGAGAUAAGGUUUCAACACACACACGCACACAUCUGUACAGAAUUGUGUAUUAGGUGAUUUAAGAAGGAUCCAAUAAAGUCGGAUAAUAUUCUCUUUCGUGUAAAUAAUGCAUAAUGGGGACGUUCGCAUAAUGUUUACAAACUUCAUGUAACCCUUCUCAAAUGCAUCGAUUCUGCAGGAACGGGUUAAGUAUCUGGUGCAAGGACA